CUUCACUCUCCUGUGAAGGAGGAGAAUUGUGUCUUCGCCAUUUGUUUGCAGUAGCAACAUUCCACAAUUUUAUUUUUGAAUGCUGGUACAAAUCGUCAAAAGAUGAGCCAAGGAGGAAGUAUGCCAAGGGGAAACAGUUCAUUGUCAUCGACAUUUAUUAAAGAAUCUGAGAGCCAAGCCAAAUUCUGUCAAAGCCGUGUAGCUCUUGUAGAGAAAAAUUAUGGAAAUCUGUGUGAAACACUAGGUUCUAUAACACGUAAAGCUGCUAGACAGAGAGACAAAGGUGAUCUUCUUGCCAAACAGUUACAGGAAUAUGCUAAUUCAGAAAAUAUCAGCCAUUGUACCAAAGCAGGACUUAGUCUAUGUGCCCAAAACAUGUCAGCUAUACAAGACUAUCGGGAGGCAGAGAUUAAAAGACUAGAAGCAAAAGUGGUUCAUCCUAUGAGUGGUUAUGGUGAUAUAUGUAAGAAAAAGAAAAAAGAUAUAAGUACAGAAUUAGCAAAUAUAAAGAAAGAACAGAAGACAUUACAACAAUUAGAUAAAGUCAGAACUAAAAGUCCGGGAGAUCAGCAUCAAAUUGCAGAAACAGAAGUAAAGAAAGCCAAUACUGAUUCUGAAAUGGGAGGGAAAGCUCUAGAAGAACAAAUGGUGGUAUUUGAGAAACAAAGACUGGGUGAUUUGAAGAAUUCUCUAGCAGAUUUUAUCAACAUAGAAAUGAUAUUUCAUGCCAGAGCUUUAGAAUACUAUGCCAGAUGUUUUGAAAAUAUUGUGAUGAUAGACGAAGAUAGAGAUUUACAGGAAUUUAAGCGAAAAUUACAAUCAUCUAAAGGAAUGCAUGCAGACUUUGGUCAGACUUUAGGAGGAUUCACAGGAGGUUCUAGUACAGGGGGGAGUGACACAUUAGGGACAGGAUCCUCAUACACAUAUACGUACGGAGACACGUCAACAGCGACAGCAUCAGCAUCAGAUGCAAGAAGAGUUAGGAUAAGUAACACGUCUAUGAUGUACGGUGAGGAGGAUGAUGACGACGAGUUAUAUGAUGAUGAUGAAGAUGAUGAUUACAGUGUGCCAAGGAGGACAGGGAUGAGAUGAUUUUAAAAACAUUUUAACUUAUGUAGUAGCAGUAUAGAUGACACAAGGAUGGAAUCAGUUAGGAUACCAGUCACAGUUAAUUUAAAUGCAUGUUAAAUCAUACCACAGAAAUAACUAUUGAUGUUGUGAAUAUAUCAUGCAUUUAGCAAGUUUAAUUUGGAGAUAAAAUAGUGUCCACCUACUUAAUUUAGUUUUGACCACUGAAUAAGGAAUUUCAAAACAAGGAACUUAGUCUUGAAAUUACAAAUUUUAAGCUGAUUCAGUGCAAAUGAAACAUGGAUACUGAAGCAUGAUCCAUGUGUUGCUUGUAAUUGUGAAAAAUCAUUUAUAAGCUGUUUUGGUUAUAUCAUGGUUAAGUUUUCAACGAUGAAAAAAAUAUAUGGUGAUUGAUUGCAGUUUUGGUAUUAUUUUGAAGAAAAAGUGUAUCAUUUUUUUUGUAGUCCUAAAGUUGUGAAAAGACUAUCUCAUACCAUAGGAGUUCUUUUUGGAGAGGGAGUUGAAUUGCAUUUUCGUAGCUGCAAGAUUUUUUUUGUCUAUAGCUGGAAAAGGGAUCAUAUAUUUUCACUGUGUGAAAUAGUAUUCUGCAAUUGAAAAAUCGAUAAAUCACAAAUUUUGUUGAAAUUGAUGGUAUUUGAUAUGGUAGAUAUAUUGUAAAUGUUUUCACAAUUCUUGGGUCUAAAAAAGCAAGAUGGCAAUUUAUAAAUAGAAAUCUUUGUUUCGUUUAUGGUCACUGAUAUUGUGAUAGUAAAUUUUUAUAGAUGUGUAUUCUCUGCAGAUGGAUGAGAAACACAAGUGUAAAAUUUCCAUGACAGAUAUCACUGGUUUUAUUUCUAUGAAAAUCGCAAUAGAAAGAAGAAACACACCUGUAUCUAUCAUGAACCAAUUUUUUGUUUAUGCAGAUUGAACAUUUUGUUAUUGUUAACUUGAAGGGUUUUCGUUUCAUUGUUUUAUAGGAUUUUUACACAGAUAUAAUUAAGUGACAUUUGUUUAUUUGUUUUAAAUUACAGGAUGAAUAUGUGAAUUUAAAAAUAGGAGAAAACAUUUUGAUACAUUUUGUAUAUUUUUCCAUUUUGAAAAAGAAUAUAAAUCUCUGAUCAAAUGGACAAAUAUCUAUGGAAUUACGAAUCUCAUUUAUAUGUAUCAGUUAGUGAUUUUACAUACAAUUUCAAAAUUGUGUGUGUUUGUGAUAACAUAAGACAGAAAUAAAAAGCACAAUACUACUCAAUUCAUUAACAUGUGAAAUUCAGACAGGGAUUUAAAUUACAGAAUAAGUCAUGAUUUCAUUAUUAUUUUUUUGUUCAGAUAUUUUUAUAUUGUUCAAAGUUUUCUGCUCAUGAACUUUAUGUAAAUGGGAGGUCAUUAGUUUGUUGUUUCUAACAUUACCAUGACUGAAAACGUGCUUAGCCUCACAUUUUUAAUUAUCACCUAGAACUUAUUUUAGUCUCAGUUAACUCUGUCUAUUUUCAACUCUCCUUUUAUAGUGCUUGACAUUUUCAAAAUCAUGACAUAGUUUGUAUUUUUACAGAAUUUAAAAGGUCAUGUUAAUAUAUGAUAUUGAUAGAAUAUUUAUCAGAUAAGAAAUGAUUGUUUAUAAACAUGUGAUAUAAUUUUUCUUGAUAUGACCACAUGAAAAAAUUUAAAAGAAAAUAAUUGUUUGUUAGGAAUGUUUUUCUAUGUUCAACAAAAUGAAAAUAUUUUUACAUUGAUAUUUUCUGCUGGUUACAAGAUUUCAGAAAAAAACUAUAGUGUUUGUAAAUGUUUUGUAAAAUUUUUAAAUAAUACAAAAAAGUAUAUCAUUAUGCAAGUUUCAUAAAAUUAUUCUUCAUAAGGAGAAGCACAACAUAAUCCAUUGAUUACAUUCCAUAAUGAUUUAAAAGGCAAGUAAAAUUAAAUGCACACAAUAUUGCCAAAAACGAAAAAAGUGAUGAAAUAAGCAAAUUGUUAGUUUUUACUGGGACCAAUAGAUAUAUUAGUCUAAGGUAUAGUUGAUAAUUGCCAGCUCAACUCCCUCCGUGGCUAGCUUAGAUAUCAUAUAAAUAAUAAUUUUGACUGUUGUUUUGUUAUUAGGGAAUGUCUGAUCGUAAAAAGAAUAAUAGAACAUAUAAAAUGUCAAAAGAUAAUGUCACAAGUA